UAUUGACUGACUGACCGUGUUGACUGAAUGUGUGUCAUGCAUGGAUUGAUGAAUCAAUCAAUCGAGUCGGCAAAAGUCGGUCAAAACUGCAAAUGUCAAUCGAAGCGACCUGUACACGCACUCAGGAAUCGAUACACGCUGGUCUAUAUGUACACGGACACACACACACCACCUCUCUGCCGUCACUGCAAUGACUGUUCACAGGGUCCCCCGGUCAGCGCACUGCUUGCCGCAAAAUGACGCGUGCCAGAGGGUUCGGAUCCGCUCAUACGUACACAUCGUCACGACUGUGGCCGGCAGCUGCCGGACGAUGUUGAGCAGACACCCACGAUCUGCACACAACCACAACCACACAUCACGUAUAGCUAUAUAGGGUGCAGAGCCCCUUGCAGGUUCCUUCCCAUUCGGCUUACAUAGUCCAGCCAUGCCCUCAUGCCGUGCAAUCUUCCGCAGAGCGUCAAUCACCCCCUUGUAUCGGUGCCUGUGUGCUUCGGAGUCGGAGGGCUGAUGGAUCGGGGGAAAGGGCGGCACGGCGACGUCUACCAGGACGCGCGGUGAGUGUGCAGAGCGGGGCACACGUGAGCUGGGGAAGGAGGGGGGAGGGUGGAAGGGGGAGGGGGCGUGGUCAUGGGCGGGCGAUGGCGCCUGCAGGCGGGUGCGCAGGACUUCGUGUGGGUACGUGAGAGACGUUGCUGUGAUUUUCGCCUGUAUAUGCACACACAUAAGUUUAACAAGGAGGGCGGACGAAUGGGAUGCAUUGGGGUGAGAUAGAUGAGUGAGUCAUCUGUACAAGUAUAGACGCAGCUGCGAUGUCCAUGCUGUUGUGUGGCACACCCUCUGAGGGAGUGGGGCUGCGGCUGCGGCGCCACUGACGCAGAGUCAGACAGACAUCACUAUCCACGAAUCUCUUUUUUCGCAUCUGAUCUUUCCUACCCUUCUCAGCGAAGCCUUCAGUUCCUCAUACAGAGGGAAAUAGAUGGCCACGUGCGACAGACCAAGUAGGGAAGCGCCAAGACCUGCACAAGGACGCCAACAGUGAGCGAAAUUCCCUCCCUAAAUGGCGACUUCCGCCAGCCACCUGCAGGGUACCUCACCUGAGUAGAAGGCCAUGACUCCCUCCUUCUGGUAGAUCGACUUGACGGCGUGAAAGAGCCCACGAUACUCAUAGGAAGGUGCGGUUGCCCUGAUGCCCGCCCCGCUGCCUUUGGCGUGUUUGUCAUGGCGCAUGACCAUGAGCCGAGUGCGGACGACGAACAGUGGGUUGCUGCAGAUGUCCGCACACGCACCAGCAGACACGGCAGCAAGGGCGUUGACCAGGGAAGAGUACAGGUGGGAGUCAUUCUUCGAUGCACCACCAUUCCUGAUAUGGACGGAUGACAUACAGUCAGGAAAUGUGACCGAGCGGUGCCGUAAGUACCUCGCCUGCACUUUCGCCUUUAUGGACUCAUAGAGAGGAAAAUAAAUCGACCAGAAGAAUGGCACGCACACAACAGUGGCACUGAAGCCGCGAUAAAAACCACGAAGGCCUUCAUGCUGUGCCGUCUCCAUGAAGCAAGAAAACAGGUCACGCGCAGUCUUCCAUCGCCUCAGGCUCGCUGCAAAGUGACUGCCCUCUUGGUGAUGCCUCCUCCCCACAAUCUGCAGUCGGGCCUUCAAGACCUGCACACACAACGAACAGGGUGCACAGACAGACGACAUGCCGACACAUCAGAUGUAUUCGUAUUACAUCGAGAGGCGAACAUGUAACCGCUGUUGCCAAUCCAGCUGCAAUGCCCGCAACAAACUGGGCCGUGAACAGGCGAGGCUUUUCUGUAGAGUGAUUGGCUCUCUUGUUCUACUCAUCGUCGUGUACCUUGUCGCAGUGUGCCAGGAAGGAAAGAUCAGUUGACAGGGAGGUCAGAAAGCCUCUAUCGACCUGAAGGGCGGCCUCGCCGCUCUCUGAAGCCAU